GCCUCCUACAGCUAACGUAGAUGGCAGCAAUGAGUUUAUCACAACAGUUUUGACAGUUCUUGUUGUGAGUUUGGAAAUAAAUAAUCUUUGUCCGUUCUAUGGUAAAAGCUGCUUAAUUUCGAACAAGGUUGAUACUUUUGAUCUAAUAAAUAAUAAGAAUUUGUAAAGAUCUGAAUUCGGUGUUCUAAAUUAUCCAAAGCUAUUAUGACUAACAAAGCUGGAGAAAUAGAUCCUGUACAAGAAGAAUUGGCUGGUCAUGUACGAGAAGUUGGAAAUCAUGCAAUUUGGAGCUUAUCCAGCUGCAAACCUGGUUUCGGAGUAGAUCAAUUGAGAGAUGAUGUUACAGAAACGUAUUGGCAAUCUGAUGGUCAGCUUCCGCACUUAGUGAAUAUUCAGUUCAAGAGAAAAAGAACGAUAAGAGAUAUUUGUAUUUAUACAGAUUAUAAAUUGGAUGAAAGUUAUACUCCCAGCAGAAUAAGUAUUAGGGCAGGUACUAAUUUCAAUGAUCUUCAAGAAGUAGAAGUCAUGGACUUGAAUGAACCAAGUGGUUGGGUUGUAAUUCCAAUAAAGGAUAUAAACGAUAGACCUAUCAGAACAUUUAUGAUACAGAUAGCUGUAAUAAGUAAUCAUCAGAAUGGGCGGGACACGCAUAUGAGACAGAUCAAGGUUCAUAGUCCAACACAGGAUAUUCUUGGACCACCAGCUCCUUACAUCCCAGGCCAGUUUCUUACCAAUGAGUUCUUACGUUAUGCAACAGUUAGAUAAAAUUGAUUGCGAUAAAUAUCUUCUUAAUGUUAAAUAAAAAUUAUUUACAAAACAAUGAA